ACGAAGUUUUUCAAGAAGAAAAGAAAAGGGCUACCACUCAAGCAUCAGCAACUAAUAAACUAAUAAUAACAAGAACUUAUGUCGACGAAGUUCUCCAAGAAGCAAAGAAAAAUGCUGCUUUUCGAGCAUCCGUUGAUAAAAUAUUAGCUGAUUUUUAUGAUGAUGAUUUUAUUCUUUUUAUUGGGUGUGAUGUUGGGUGUUAUGUUGGGAAUAACUAUUCAUAUGAGCAUUUACACUAA